UGGAACAACCUUACACAUGCAGCAUGGCACACAUAUUGAAGACCCUCAACAGCUGGUUCUGGUGGGAGAACAUCUGGAUGCCCAUCAAUUGCACCUGGGCACAUUUUGUGGAUCGUGAUGGCCUUGUUUUUCCCAAGCCCCAUCAGUUAUAUGCCACAAUACCAUAUGCUCUGGUACUCCUGCUUAUCAGAUUCUUCAGUGAAAGAUAUGUUGCUAUACCUCUAGCAAAAGCCUUAGGUAUAAAGAAUGUAAGACGUGUGAAGCCACAGCCUAAUCCUGUUCUAGAGAGUUAUUUCCGGGAGUGCUCCAAACAUCCAUCCCAAUCAGAGAUUCAAGGCCUUGCCAAGAAGUGCAACUGCACAGCUCGUUUGGUGGAAAAGUGGUUCAGGAGACGGCGGAACCUGGAGAUCCCAACGGUGCUUCGGAAAUUUCAGGAAGCUUUCUGGCGAUUUUCAUUCUAUCUUACGUCCUCCAUUGCUGGAUUUAUAUUCCUGUAUGAUAAACCUUGGUUUUACGACAUAUGGCAGACGUGGGUUGGCUAUCCCUUCCAGACUGUGCUGCCGUCCCAGUACUGGUACUACAUGGUCGAGAUUAGUUUUUACUGGUCUCUCAUAUUUACCCUCGGGAUUGACAACAAAAGGAAGGACUUUCUGGCUCAUGUCGUUCACCACUUGGCAGCCAUUGGGUUGAUGAGUGGCUCUUGGUGCGGCAAUUACGUUCGUCUUGGAACCCUGGUGAUGUUUGUGCACGAUACUGCAGAUUUCUGGCUCGAGGCAGCCAAAAUGUUUAAUUACGCUCACUGGGAGAAAACCUGCAAUAUGCUCUUUAUCAUCUUUUCUAUUGCAUUCUUUAUCACAAGAAUCAUCCUGUUCCCCUUCUGGAUACUUCGUGCCACGUUGUAUCUGCCUACCUACUACUCCACCACUCCAGUCAUAGCAUAUUUUUUAUUCAAUGGGAUGCUAUUGAUUCUUCAAGGCUUGCAUUUAUAUUGGGGUUACUUAAUUCUCAAGAUUUUGAGAAGGUUCAUCUUCUUGAAGGACUUAAAAGAUGACCGGAGUGAUGAAGAGGAGGAAGAUUCUGUUACAGACAAUGAAGAGGAGCUCACAAAGAAUGGCAACAAGAAUGGCUGUGGGUCAAGCAAACAUCUCCUAAACAGCACUCACCACUAG